UGCGUAAGCGUCACUUAAUAGAAGAAAAAUCAAACUCCUCCCCUGCCAAUCAAGAGCUUCUGAACAGAGAGAGGGAGAGAGAAGAAUCAUUGGAUCAACGUCAUGUCGGGCGGGAUCGCGCGUGGUCGUCUAGCAGAGGAGCGAAAAUCAUGGCGUAAAAACCAUCCCCAUGGUUUUGUGGCGAAGCCAGAGUCUGUGCAGGAUGGGUCCGUGAAUUUGAUGGUCUGGCAGUGCAUUAUCCCUGGCAAGACCGGGACUGACUGGGAGGGAGGCUUCUAUCCACUUACUGUCCUUUUUAGUGAAGACUAUCCGAGCAAACCCCCGAAGUGCAAGUUUCCGCAGGGAUUUUUUCACCCUAAUGUCUACCCUUCUGGAACUGUGUGCUUAUCAAUUCUUAAUGAGGACAGUGGAUGGAGGCCAGCUAUAACUGUUAAGCAAAUCUUGGUGGGCAUUCAAGAUUUGCUUGAUCAGCCAAAUCCUGCUGAUCCUGCACAAACUGAUGGGUAUCAACUCUUCAUACAGGAUCGUGAUGAGUACAAGAGAAGGGUACGACAACAGUCUAAGCAAUAUCCACCUGUUAUCUAAUUUGCUUGCUUCAACACGUGAUUAUAUCAUUUUGUUAGUUUCCUUGGUCUUGCAACGUAUUACCUUAACUUAAUACAAAUUAUACAAUAUUGAAGAUAACUAAGUUUGAUGCAAUUUCAGUAGUAGCUGAUGUUAGUACUACUACUACCUGUUUUGUCUUGAUUUCUCUAAGAAUUUGUUGACUCAAUAACUUUUCAAUAGAUAAGUUAUGCUUGGUGUUUA